CUGUAACGGAACUGGUCAGGGGGGAGAGAGAGAAAAGAUCCCAUAUCUGCUGCGAAACAUUUUUCCGUCUUUAGUUAGUCUCAUGUGUACCUCACAUUGUCGUAAGGAGCAUGACUGUUGGCAUUAGAACUCCCGCAUUGUUGCCAUGAGUGUACCACCACAGCUUGGUCAACAACAUCUACCUGGAUUUUUAGAUUCUUUUGACUUUAUUUUGCAAGUAUGCUGCUGAUUUUUCUACUGAUGUUGACUUUUUCUAACGCAGAAUAUGAAACUUUAUGUACCUCCAAUGCCUGUUUCACUCUCCACUUGGAUGGACUUUCAUUUGUGGAGGCCAACACGAACUGCAACAACAAUGGCGGCUAUCUAAUGACGAUAAGGAGCAAAGAGGAGGAAGACAUACUCCAGACGCUUCUAUCACAGAUCUCACUGCAGGAAAAACACUUUAAAAUCCGUAUUGGACUGAAACUGCAUAGAGAAAGUUGUGUGAUAUCCCAGGAACCACUCAAAGGAUUCAAAUGGGUGUCAGGUGCAGAGGACUCCGAGUAUUCCAACUGGGGAAGGGAGCCACAUUCUACCUGCCAUGAAAGAUGUGUCAGCAUCAGCUAUAACCCAAUGAGCCACAGCCACUUGAAAUGGACUGAUGGCAGCUGCUUAAAACCUUUUCCUUAUGUGUGCAUGUUUUACUUCAAAGGAAUGUGCAAAGCUCUGACGAUUUCCGGACCAGGACAAAUAACCUACACCGUCCCAUUUUCGAAGGAAUCUCAAAAUUACCAGUUGAAGUUGCUGCCAGUCGGGACCUAUGUUGAUAUCAUGUGUGAUGGCCAGGAACCUUUCUACAUUCUGUGCAGUAAUGCACAUAACAAGGGCUAUACGUGGUCAAAACCGGGUCCUUUUUGCCAGACAAACAGAAGUUGUGCUAUUAAAAAUGGCGGCUGUGAACAUGUUUGCAAACAGGAAGGAAAAGAAGUGACUUGCUCAUGUAAUAACAGUUAUGAACUUAAUGAAGACGGAGUUUCUUGUGGGUUGAAAAACAUGUGCUCUGAAAACACUUGCCAGCAUCAGUGCAUCAUGGGAGAAACGGGGUUCACCUGCCUUUGUCCGGACGGGAUGGAACUGAGCUCGGAUCAGCGCUCCUGCUUAGACAUCGAUGAGUGUGCAUCGCAAGAAGUGUGCAGAGAAGGUUCAUGUGUCAAUACUGAGGGGAGUUACAUCUGUAGCUGUGAAGAAGGUUUUGAGAUGAUUCAUGGACAUUGCAAGGACAUCGACGAAUGCGUUACCUCUAAAUGUGAACACACUUGCUCGAAUAGCGUUGGUUCAUUUUCUUGUGACUGCAAUAAUGGUUUUAAAUUAUCAGAAGAUGGUUAUUCAUGCGAAGAUAUCAAUGAAUGCUUGGGUAGUAUUUGUAAAUUUGAAUGUGUCAACACCAGGGGGAGCUUUGUUUGUGCAUGUCCGAGCGGCUACCAGGUCGACCGCAGUGGAGUGUGCUUUCCCACUGAUGUUUCUUCGGGAUCUCUUCCAGAAUCUCUUUCAGAAUCUCCAUCAGAGUCAUCAGUCGUUCUAGAUGUCCAGGAAAAUUUUACAGAGUCUUUGAGCAGCACUGUUGAACUACAACACGAAUCUCCACACACAAACGCGCCAUCUCCAGACUUCAAUGAUACCCACAAUCAAGACCCAGUGGAUACGUCUCUAGCCACAAGUCUGAGCAAAUCCUUCAAUAACAGGGUGAUCAUCUGCGUUCUCGGGUCUGUCAUUCCAUUGGUGGUCCUAGUGGCUAUCACUGUGGGUAUUUUAGCUGUUAGAUGCAAUCAGGUUAAAAAAGAAGUCAAGAAGAAUACUGCAACAGAUGGUUACUGCUGGGUGUCCUCAGGCUUGGACCCUCGGUUGGAGAAACUGUAUGAGUCUAUCCCCACAGAUGACCUAUGACCUCUCAAUGAUGGCUUGUCAUUAGGAAUGUAACACUAGCCAAAAUAUCAUGAUAUUGUAUCGUCAUAGUUCUCACAGUAAUAUCAUGGGCCAUCACAAUAUAUAGAAUUAAGAGUUAUGAUACAGCAAUAGCUAGGGAACUACAUAGACCAUAAUCCUUUGCUCCAUUUCAGUGUAGACUACAAGAAGAAAUAACAGUUCUAAGCACUUUUAAGUCUUAGUUGUUUAGAUUAAGUCUUGUCAAGGCAUAUUAAUCAAAUCAAAUCAAAUCAAACAAAAAAACUAUUUAUAAAGCGCUUUUCAUACAAAAAUGUAAAACAAAGUGCUGAACAGUGAUUAAAAACAACCCCACAUUUCCUUCCACCCACCCAACCCCCACACUUGUCUGACUACACAACCAAACAGCCCGGACAGACACACACGCACACACACACGCACAAACAUGCACACACACUUACAUACACACUAACAUGCUAAAAUACAUAAAACCACACAUAGUAAAAUGUGAGGCUGAACACAGGCGAACCAGUUGAGAAAGCACCAUCAGAGGAAAUUUAAGAGGAAAAAGUAACAUAUUAACAGUUUUAACUGUUUAGCCUCCACAAUCAUAUCACAAUAAAUAUUGUACCGUGAGGUUCAUACCAUGACGAUAUCGUAUCGUGAGACUUUGAUAUCAUUACACCCCUACCUGCCGUAAUAUUUGAUAAGGAUUUUAUGUGUAAAAACUGCUGUUAAUGUAUUUAUUAAACUAAACACCUGCUACAUAUCUAGGUUUGCACAAAUGAAAAUAGUGUUAAGUCUGCUAGAAUAAUGUAAUAUAUAGUUACAUAUCAUAUACUGAGUGACUCUAUUUUUGUGUAUUUCUACUGUUUUUUUAAUUCUGUAACAACAUAUCUCAACCUUUAAUGUGUUUGAUUGAAAAUGGUUCAUGGUUUUUUGUUUUGUUUUCAAUAAAA